AUGCUAGCUUUCUGUUGGGUGUGGGCCGCUCUUGUCUUUCCGGCCCUGGCCGCUCUGGGAUGGGGUGAAUCCAAUCAGACUGUUGCUUUUGCGACCCUGGCAGCGGUUGUCUGCUCACUUGUUUUCCCGACCAUACCUCUACGACUGGACGACGCUGCAAAGCUGGAGGCGCUUCGGAUUGCGGUAUUGAGCCGUGUAAUUGCUAGAACUGGCUACUUGUGCGCAGACCUAAAUUUUGUAUAUCGUCUUGAUUUACACAGUACAGGGCUGAUGCAGAGCGGUGGAGUUUUAGCUAUCAAAUCCAACACAAGUCAGUCAGAAACGACAAUCUAUCCUUUUGCAGUGUACUUUGGGGCCAUCAAUUCACUGAAUAUAGCAAGACAUUUUGUCAUCCGGCAGAGCGUUGGGAUUCACACCAUGCUUGGGCAACAGUACUCCAGUCAUAGCGAUACCGACUGCGAAAUCUGA